GGCCUUCCCAGUUGGGUACCUCAAGUCCUGUCAGCAAGUGGCAAGUACGGUCACGAGCAAAAGUCUGGAGACCAUAGGUGCCAUGGACUACAUGUCCUUUUUUUUGCAGCCUGGGAACGCUGUCUGAAAUUAACUGGUACAGCCCACGUCUGCUCGUUUGACCAAUGCAAUGCAUUGACACAAUUCUAUGUUGGACGGUGAUAGCAUCAGAAAUAUUCUUUGCUGAUGCCGAGGUCUCUAAACUUGUGCUCCCAAGGGUACAUAGAACUUUCUUAUUCUCAUCAUAAAGAAUAAAAACUUUGUUUUAACAUCUUGAACAGUUUCUACAGGGUGUUGGCCAUCCUUUUUGCAGUACAGCACAAGAGAGAAGCUUAUUUGCAAUUUACUUCUCACGAAAGCUAUUGCUCACUGCUUGGCUGAUUGCCCGCUACGGCACGUGUCACAAAUUGUGCAUUAUACUUGAAAAAGGAUUGGUGUUGUGCCAAGACCAGCCUUUUGCAAAAACUGAAGAGGAGUCUUUUCUUGUGUAAAGAUAUAUGUGGCAUUGAUGAGAGGUUUCAAAAGGUGUCAGGUUUUCAAGGAGUCUACUUGUUGGCUCUCUAGAAGUGCUUGAUCCCCGUACACGUAUCUUUCCAGAGGCAUGUUUCAGGGGCAACACGGUUGACACAUAUAGCUGGCAGUAUCAACAUUGAUUCUUUGGUGACACUGUUUAGCAAACGUGCUUAAACGGGGCAUGUUGUGCAUGCAUGAAAAGGUAAGCAUUGACAGUUACGACACUGUUCAGCAGCCAAGUGAGUGUGCAAGAGGCACAAGCAACGUUGCUUUGUAGCAUAUUCAGCUAGAGACAAUGACGCAUUGACAUUGCCGAUGAGUUACUUGUUGGAAGGGCAUCUUCUGGGCAUUCAGGUACCGUGGUGGUGUUACGGCAAUCAAAUUUUUCCUUAAACGUGAAAAACCCCACUGCUGCUUUGUAGACCCAACCAUCAGUGAAAGCGGGUCUUCUGCACUGAUACAUUGUUGUCGAGCAGGCAGCCCCUGUUGGCUGGAGCAUUACAACGUAGAGUUGUUGACAAAUUUCUCCCCCACGUGGAUUUCCUUGCUUUAGCUGCUUUUCUUUCUGCAUUUUUCUUCACACUGAAAAGUGAAUUGCUUCUGACCCAUCAUGCUGGUCAGGAGAUACAAGUACGUUGCUUUGACAACGCUGUUAUCGUCGCGAAAACUUGUUCGUAUUUUUUUUUACUUACACCCCGCCACUCUCCUUUAGCAAGGUCCACUGUCUGAAUGGACGAAAAGAAUGAAAUGUAUAAGGGAGGAGGAUUCUUGCCCUUUUCCCAAAUUUAGUGUCCUUGGCAUGGCUUGUUUCCCGUUAUAGUUUGAUAAAAAACACUACUCCCGCAAGUCCCUGACGAGUUGACUUUUGCACGGGAUGUAGAGCUUUUGACGAGUCUAGCAAAUGACUUUAGAAAUGCGGUAUGUAAUCAACAAGUUGCAUCGUUCAAGGCACAUUGUGUGAUGAACUGCCACUGUUGUAGUUUACUGAAUGUCCCAACGUCAUUAGCUUAGUGCAUACUUUAUGGACAGUCAGCUGACUAUUUAUCAAAUUGCAGCCAAAGUAUCUGUAAAGAAAUAUCUUCAUCUUGCAUAACUCCAAGCUUGAGAUAUUUAAGUGAAUCACAGCACUCCGAAAAUGUUACAAAACCAGAAAUGUCCCACAAGUUAAGCUGAACUUAUUGUACAAAGGUUGCAAAAGUUGUUAUAGUUGUACAAAGGUUGUGCGAAUGAAUAGUUGGCCAACCUUUGUACAACUAUUUUGCACACUUUACAGUUGUGCAAAAUUGUACAAAGGUUUCACAAAUUACAGUUCUAUAUUUACAAGAAUGUAUUUGUGUUGUUACAUGCCGUCUUACUUGAAAUGAACAAGUAGAGUUCUCAUUGUUUGACAUGGCUUGUCUCUCGGACGACUGUCAAUAAAGUAGAGCCCGAUUUUCACUCUUGACUCCCUAAUAAUUGGCUAAUCAUACGCAACUGCCAGAAAGAACGCUGGUGCGGCUGUUGACCGAAAGCUGCUGGUGGAGUUUCUGGCUCUAGAAUUCAAAGCACUUCCUAGACCCCGAAGGACACGGCUGCGUAACAACUGUCACAAGCUGUACUCGCUUGUGACUGGACAAGCUGAUCAUGCUACGAGCUCAUAUUCAAACACUCCUGUGACUUGUUUGCAUACGAUCCUAUUAUAACAAUGAGGACGCACGACCUGGGAUUAGCCUCCAAGCCUAUGGUAGUUUUAAUUCACAAGAGACAGCUGUGACAAGCAUCUUGCUAAACUACAAGCCAACUUCACGAGAAAGUACCAUAAAUAAUUUAAACGCUUCCGUUUUGAUUUUCGUUAAUAUGACUGCUGCAAGGUCGUCUCCUCCCUUAAGGUGCGUGCGGGUGUGAAAGGUUCAGUGACUGAGGUGGCAGAGGCUGUGCCCUGCGACUAAUACAAGUUUUGCUACAAUACCAUGUAUUGUCACGUACUGUAUGGGGUCUUGUGAUAUGCCCCUCCCCGUCUUGUUUUUCUUCUCCCAGUUGUUUCAGUUUCGAUGUUUUAUGUUUCCAUUGCCUUUCUGCCAUAAGACUUGUUUUCUUGUUGUUGGCAAAGAAACAAUUUUUUUCUUCCUCAGGCCAUAAAUGUUCUAAUAUGCGAGUGCUUUUUUUUUUUAACGUUAUGGAUGCGAGUAUUUAAUGUGUGUCACUUCUAAUGGCAUGUAAUAAAUGUUUUGUCUUUUUUU